GUGGGGGUGGCAGGGCUUAGAACCGCAGCUGAAGCAGCAGUCCUUGGCGCUGACGCCGCCAGGGUGUAGUGCAGGGUUCCGAGCCCACCAGCCGUGGUGCCUCCCCUGUCCUGAGGGUUGCUCCGGGCGCCCUGGCGACCGAAGCGGCCGGGAGCCUCUCUCCGGCCCGGAGACGGCCUUGCAGUCCCGGAUGCGUCCGGAGGGCGCGGGAAUGGAUCUUGGCGGCGUCAGGGAGCGCCUGCCGGAGGAGAGCAGGAGGGAGCAUUGGCAGUUGCUGGGUAAUUUGAAGACUACUGUGGAGGGUCUGGUGUCAGCCAACUGUCCCAAUGUCUGGUCCAAGUAUGGUGGUCUGGAGCGACUUUGCAGGGACAUGCAGAGCAUUUUGUAUCACGGGCUCAUCCAUGACCAGGUGUGUUGCCGCCAGGCGGAUUACUGGCAGUUUGUGAAAGACAUUCGGUGGCUCAGUCCGCACUCAGCCCUUCAUGUGGAGAAGUUCAUCGACGCGCGUGAGAACGGCGAGAGCGACACAGCCGCGAGCGACCGCGCGGUCGCCGAGCUGUGGCUGCAGCACAGUCUGCAGUUCCACUGCCUCUCGGGCCAGCUCCGGCCCCUGCUCGGGGACAGGCAGUACGUCAGAAAAUUCUACACGGACACUGCUUUCCUGCUAAGUGACGCCCAUGUCACAGCCAUGCUCCAGUGCCUGGAAGCGGUGGAACAGAACAACCCUCGUCUCUUGGCUCAGAUCGAUGCAUCGAUGUUUGCCAGAAAGCACGAGAGCCCGCUGCUGGUUACGAAGAGCCAGAGUCUGACCGCCCUGCCUGGCUCCACGUGUGCCCCUCCAGCCGGCUGUGCUCAGCAGUCCUGCUUUGGGUCCUCCUCGAACCUCCACCAAGCCAUGCCCGGCCACAGCGCAGAGAGAAGAUCCACCUCCUUUUCACUUUCUGGCUCUCCCUGGAAACCUCAAGAAGACAGAGACCUCCCCUCACCGGCCGAGAGUCAAACCGCCCAAGCUCCCCUGCUUCCGGACUCGGCUCUAGCCCAGGGUUCCCCACUGACCCCACAGGAGAUGAGUUCCAGCACUCUGACCAGCCCCAUGGAGGCAUCCUGGGUCAGCAGCCAAAAUGACUCCCCAAGUGACGGCAGAGGGCCCGAGUACCUGGCCAUCGGCAACCCGGACGCGCACGGCCGGACGGCCAGCUGCCAGAGCCACGGCAGCGACGGCGGCGAGAGCAGCGGCUCCCGCUUGUUCUCCUCCGGCAGCUCCCAGAGGCCCGAUUCUGCCGCCUCUUCCUUAGGGGACCAAGAGGCGGGGAGGCAGAGCCAGCCGGGCGGUGUCCUGCGCAGGUCCAGCUUCUCGGAAGGGCAGACGGUCGCCGGCGCCGGCGGGACAAAGAAGAGCCAUAUCCGCUCCCAUUCGGACACCAACAUUGCCUCCAGAGGAGCCACAGGCGGCCCCAGGAAUAUCACCAUUAUAGUUGAAGAUCCCAUUGCAGAGGGUGGUCAGUACCUGUGCUCGGGAGAAGGCAUGUUCCGAAGACCAUCGGAAGGACAGUCCCUCAUCAGUUACCUCUCCGAGCAAGACUUCGGCAGCUGUGCAGACCUGGAAAAGGAGAAUGCCCACUUCAGCAUCUCAGAGUCCUUGAUUGCCGCCAUCGAGCUGAUGAAAUGCAACAUGAUGAGCCAGUGUCUGGAAGAGGAGGAAGUAGAGGAGGAAGACAGCGACAGGGAGAUCCAGGAACUGAAGCAGAAGAUCCGCCUGCGGCGCCAGCAGAUCCGCACCAAAAACUUGCUCCCUGCCUACCAGGAGACUGAGCAUGGAAGCUUCCGGGUCACCUCCAGCAGCUCCCAGUUCAGUUCACGGGAUUCUACGCAGUUCUCGGACUCCGGCUCUGCUGAUGAUGUUGAUGAGUUUGAAAUCCAAGAUGGUAGAGAAGGCUCUAACCUGACUCACAUGUCAAAGGGUGGACUCUCGGUGUCAAUGGCCUCCAUGUUCUCAGAUGCUGAUAUCAGGAGGAGUGCGGUCUCAAACGGCAAAGCAUCCAUCUCCCAGAACUUCUCCCAUUGCUUCCUGAACUCCACGUCUGCUGAGGCGGUGGCCAUGGGCCUUCUGAAGCAGUUUGAGGGCAUGCAGCUUCCAGCUGCCUCGGAGCUGGAGUGGCUGGUCCCAGAGCACGAUGCCCCACAGAAGCUCCUGCCUAUCCCCGACUCACUGCCCAUCUCACCGGAUGACGGGCAGCACGCGGACAUCUACAAGCUGCGUAUCCGUGUGCGUGGCAACCUGGAGUGGGCUCCGCCCCGGCCUCAGAUCAUCUUUAAUGUCCAUCCAGCCCCGACGAGGAAGAUUGCCGUGGCCAAGCAGAAUUACCGCUGUGCAGGAUGCGGCAUCCGGACUGACCCCGAUUACAUCAAGCGGCUGCGGUACUGUGAGUACCUGGGCAAGUACUUCUGCCAGUGCUGCCACGAGAACGCCCAGAUGGUCGUCCCCAGCCGGAUUCUGCGCAAGUGGGACUUCGGCAAGUACUACGUCAGCAACUUCUCCAAGGACCUGCUCCUCAAGAUCUGGAAUGACCCUCUCUUCAAUGUGCAGGACAUCAACAGCGCCCUCUACAGGAAGGUCAAGCUGCUCAGUCAGGUCCGGCUGCUGCGGGUUCAGCUGUACCACAUGAAGAACAUGUUUAAGACCUGCCGACUGGCCAAAGAGCUUUUGGAUUCCUUUGACCUAGUUCCAGGUCACCUAACAGAGGAUCUCCACCUGUACUCACUGAACGACCUGACUGCAACCAAGAAGGGGGAACUGGGGCCCCGGCUGGCCGAGCUCACCAGGGCAGGAGCCGCCCACGUCGAGAGAUGCAUGCUGUGCCAGGCCAAGGGCUUCAUCUGUGAGUUCUGCCAGAACGAGGACGACGUCAUCUUUCCCUUCGAGCUACACAAGUGCCGGACCUGUGAGGAGUGUAAAGCCUGUUACCAUAAGGCUUGCUUCAAGUCUGGCAGCUGCCCCCGGUGUGAGCGGCUCCAGGCCCGGCGGGAGUUACUGGCCAAGCAGAGCCUCGAGUCCUACCUGUCUGACUACGAAGAGGAGCCCACGGAAGCCUUGGCUGUAGAGGCCACCGUCCUGGAGGCCACCUGAGGAACGCACCUCAGCCCUUUGUCCGAGGGGCUGGCUCGAGGCAAACGAUAGAGAACUGAGCCACACCUUCGAGGAAGGUGCGGGGCCUUUUUUUAAAAUAUAUCGUCCCUGUUUAUGACUUGUCUGCUGUCCGGGUGUGGACAACCUUUCUCGGUUGACGGGUCCAGUCCGUUGUGACAGAUGUCUGUGAGCAUCGGGCGUUUCCAUCAGGACUGCCACCUGGAGCGCCUCUCGCCAGGGGACUGGACAGACAGCGAGACCCAGCUCUUCCACACGCUUGGCCUGUUCCACGAGGCUCAGAUCUGGUGACGGCCGCAGCUCAAGGAUCAUUCCCACUCCUGACUCAGUUCCACAGCUUCUGAGCCAGGCCCUUCUCAGUCAGUGAUCUUCACCUUUGCUGCCGAGACAGGAGGAUGGAACUUUCCCUGUCCCGGUGCUGACAGAGUAAGACUGCGCACCCCGAGGCAGGGAAGGGAAUGGGGCUGUAGCGGUGGGCAUUCUGUCCGACUCACUAGGCAUUUGGGGGCAGGUAAGAACGGAAUCGUUGUUGUUGUAGACUCCUCAGAGACCUCCGGAGGCCAGCGUGACUUCCCCGGUUCAAGUAUUCAGGCACAGGUGGCCACGAGCUGGCUCGUGUCCUCUGAUGGGCCUGAGGCAAAGACCAGAACUGGGUCUUAGGCCAGGCCCGUGUGUAGCCAGCACCACACACACCAGUGAGGCUGCAGCCGGCGCCUGAGGAGAUGCUAUUCAGAUAAAGGGAAACGGCCGCCUCUUGGGUGUUGAGACUCUCAGCUGACUAGCUUGAGUGCGGGUGCACGCCAAGCUGAGGCAGGGCCCUCAGGCAAGCUGAGGCAAGGAUAGAAACUCCACCCACCGUCUUAACCGUGGGCCCCUGACUGCUCUGUAUGACUGUGACCAUUCUGGCUCUGAGUAAAGGUGUGACCCGACUCCGUUCUCCGUCCGUCCGUCCGUCCUGUCCCCCCCAGCUGGGGCCCUCCCGUUGGCUGAUCUCUUGCCUUACUUUCUUUUCUCGGAGUUGGGAGAAGCCUGCCCACUUAGGAGCAUUAGCGACCUCAACGGUUUGUGAAUGUGUCUGUCUGCCUUUCUGCCGUUUAUGCACUUACCUCCUCGGCCUCGGGAAUGUUUGUCGACUCAUCUGUUUCCUAGUACUAAUUUUAACAGACUCCUCCCUCACCCCUCAGUGUGCGUUCUCCGGCCUUUCCUAGACUAAGCCAGACACACGUUUGUCGUGGCGUUGGAAUUGCCGAAUCUCAGAGCCUGGCAGUUGUGGGAACUGAUGCCCACAGUGCUUUUGUCCCGGAACUGUCUGCUUCCGCCUUCCGUCUCCCUGUCUCCUUGUACCUUGGUUGCUAGUAAAGUAAUUGGCCCCAGGAGGCCAAACAAUUGCACGUGGUUGGUGGACGGACGCUGACAGGUUCUGAGCUGGAGGGAACAGGGGUGUCCCAGAGAGACAGAAGGGACGUUGCUGUAGCAGCCACACUGAGCUCUAGCAGAGCAAGAAGAACAUGUCAGAACUGGCCCGUGGUGCGGUUCCUCCGCCUCACGUUUGGGAGCUGAGGGCCGGAUGACCAGGACUGUUCUCUCAGUUGGCGGUCACACCAAAAACCGAGGCCAGGGGCAGUUUUGAAGGGCUGGCUAGAAACUGCCCUUCCUUCAAGGAGAUUUAGGGUCGAUCCCUUCAAACUCAAGUGUCACCGAGUCAGACCUCGGAUUCCGACUCUGACUCCAGCUCCAGUCUGUGGCUGACUUCCCGUCCAGCUGCUCACUCCAAGUCACCACACUGGAGGGGACUGCCGUCCGCGCUCCCUGUCAGCACAGGCUGCAGCCGACCUCGGCAGUCCACUGACUUUUCCGUUUCCCCUCCCCGCCCCACCCCUGCAGAUCGCCUAUCUUUCCGUGACCCCGAGUCUGCUGUCAUCACCGUCCAAGUGCGUGUUUAUUUAUUGGGGAGUCGGGGAGAGGGACAGAGGGGUGUCGUGCAAGCACUUUGUCACUUAACAGUAUCUGAGGGUCCGCUGCAGUGGGGACGCCGAAUGCACUGAAUGAGGUAAGGCGGAGGGAGCAUCCCCUCCGUACAAAGGGAAGCAUUACUCCUGAGGUGGAGACGGCUCCGAGACCCUGAGAGAAGCGGAAGCCCGCGCUCUGCCCUCAGGAGGCUCUUACCAGCUCCCUCUGCCGAGGGUCGAGAGCUUUUGCUGAGCUAACAGAAAAGGAGCAAGGUCUAAAUAAAAACAUCUGUUUGUGUACAUCUUGUGUUUUGAGCUGGAUUUUCACCUGCUGUAAUUCGUGCGCAUCCUAACAUGGCCAUCUUUAAUAAACUAAGGAAAUUAAGUCUUGCCCUGUA